AUAUCUAUCACUCCCAUUUUGUGUUGUGUUUGUUUGAGUUGUUUUUUCUGGGAAAAUUUCUGUGAUUUGAUUAUUUCUCUCUUGUAAGGUUUUUUUGAAGUGUUUUAAAAUGUUGGCAAUAUUUGAUAAGGAAUUGGUUCAGCCACCCCAAGAGCUGAAUAGCCCCAAUAUGGAGUCUUCUACAAGAAAGGCAAAGUUUCCUCAAGAAAUUCUCAAUUACUUCUCAUCUUCUUCUUCUGAUAGGGCUUUCUCUAUUGGGUUUGGAAACUCAGCUGCUCUGGCUUUUGUUCCACCAGAAAAGACUUACUCUCUUCAACAGAGGCUGUUCUGUGGUUUGGAUGACAUAUACUGCACUUUCAUGGGGAGCUUACACAACCUGUGCAGCCUCAUUAGGCAGUAUGGUUUAUCAAAGGGCAGCAAUGAGGCAAUGCUGGUGAUUGAGGCCUAUAGGACUCUCAGGGACAGGUCCCCUUACCCAGCUCAUCAGGUCCUUAAUGACCUUGAAGGAAGCUUUGCUUUUGUGGUCUAUGAUAGCAAGGUUGGAUCUGUCUUUGCAGCAUUGGGUACUAAUGAAGGUGUGAACCUAUACUGGGGCAUUGCAGCAGAUGGGUCAGUAGUAAUUUCUGAAAACUUGGACCUUAUAAAAGCAAGUUGUGCUAAAUCAUAUGCUCCAUUCCCAAGAGGGUGCAUGUUUCACAGUAAGCAUGGUUUGACAAGCUUUGAGCACCCAACAAAGAAGAUGAAAGCACUGCCUAGAAUUGAUAGUGAAGGAGUCAUGUGUGGGGCCAACUUUAAGGUUGAUGCUCAAUCAAGGGUCCAGGCCAUGCCUCGUGUCGGCAGUGAAGCCAAUUGGGCUACUUGGGGUUCACAUGCAUAGAGAGGAGAAGAGAAGAGAGUGCUACUAUAUAACACUACUAGUCAAGGAAGGACCAAUAUAUAAAUAACCUCACUCACCCUUUGAUUUGUUUUCUCUUUCUUCUUUGUUUUAUUAAUCCAUAUAAGGUUUUGAGCUAACUAUUAUUAGUCACAAAAAAAGCUUCAACUCCUGAUAUGUAUUUUUUUUUUCUUAUUUAACUUAUUGUAUAAAUUCCAUUAUCCAAAAUGAAUGAAAGAAUGCUUUCUCUAAGACCAAA